AAGCCUUAGAAAUAUUUUCAGCUAUUUUGCUAUUCAACCCAUAUUCUCUGUUCACCUCGGCUGAGGCUUUUUUUAAUAUUCCCAUUGCUAUUAUUAUUUCUUUUGGCAUUUGCUCCCUUUUUCCUCCAAUUGGGAAAUUUAUUUUUGAACGAAGAGUUUGAGCUCCAUAAUACUUAUCAGCAGGAACUUGCAGCUCACCAAAAGUAUCGGUUUCCUUCCGAUAUUUUAUAUCUUUUGUUUUAUCAUCAUUAGUUGUACUACCAAAAUUCUUCCCUAUAAUAUGAGUAUCAUUGAAAAAUGCACUUCUUUCCUUUAAUGUUGGCGACACAAAUCUAAGGUUUUUAAAAGCCAUUUUGAUCAUAAAAACUGAAUGGAUGUGUGCAUAAGUGUACCUACAUAUUUAUUUUUAUUUUGAAAUUUGAAUCAAUGACGGCAUAGAAAAAUAUACUGAGUGAAGAUCAAACAAAUUUUGUAUUUCUGUAAAGGUUAGUUCUUAGUUCGUAGAAUUUGCUAUUCAGCUCAAUAAUCCAAUUAUGUAUUACUCGGAUUUAACAUUAUAAAAUUUUAACGUUUAGCGAUUUAGUUAGGCUUGUGACAGCCAAUUUUGUACAGCUGAUACACUUGUACUAUAAAAAGAUACAUAUAAGUAAAGCAAUGUUUUAGUAUAAUAAACUUUAUAAAAUAAGGACAGCAAACAGUAAAGCAGAACUAAUUGCACUCUUAUGUACUGAAGCGAUACGGCGUGCAGCCACCACAAGCAACAAACGGUACAUUGCACAUUAAUGGGAAUUCUUAACACCAAUUGCUAACCAACUUACCUGUUGCCGCAAGAUUGCGAAGAAAUUACUUCAAUACUGCACUGGAUGUGCCGGUUCGAUUGCUAUCUGAACGACAACUAAGCAACAACAUUAAUCAUACAAUGCCAGGAAGUAGUAAAAUAAUGUAAAACAAAUUUCGCUCGCCAUAGCUAAAGUUAUACAUUUUGACAAGGAUAAAAAAAUUAAAUUCAUUAUGAACCAGUUCCUUACUAAAAAUAAAUAAAAAAAAAAUAAAUUAUAACGAAACUACGAGCUCGAUUCGGCUGAACAGUAUUUUUUUACGAGAAUCUACUACACUUGAAAUUACUUGAGUCAUCUCUAAACCGAUUUCAAUAGUGGUAUAUCUUUCAAUAAUAAGCGAAAUCGGUGCGUACCCUUAUAAUAAUUCCAUAUAUCUGGUAAAUUUCAUUCAAAAAUCAAAGUUUCAACGGUUCCGUCGGAUUUUAGCGCAACCUUACUUCUAUACAUUUUCUUCAGGAACACAUGUUUCCGUAAUACUUCAUAAAAAAGAAAUAUGAGAUGAAAAGGCUUUGUCCUGCCUGAAAGAUCAACAGAAUAAUGUCAAUAUUUCAUGACAUUUCUUCCCAACUAUUCGCAAGCUAUUGGUCUCAAUGCUACGUUACUCUGAUAAUUUUGUUUACAAAGGAAAAAUAUGAAUUUCUGGUUUUGAUAAAAUCGAAGGAUAUGGAGAUUGUGAGGGAGAAUGUUUUCAUUAAAAUAUUCUUUUAUUGUUAGGCCAAAGGCUUUUCUAUGCAUUAUAUGUGUACACAUAUGUAUGUAACCAAAUUCUUAUGUUUGCUUCAAUGAGGAAAACUAUGCAUUUAAACAAACUUCGUGUAUUUAAAAAAAGCAAUAAAUUUAUCGAAAGAAACUUUAUUACAAUGUUUGUGAAAUAAUUAGUUACACUAGACUAAUAUAAUAGACCAUGCCUUGAAUGUAAGUAAAGCACCAUCUGAAUUAUGCAGCGAAGCAUUAUAAGUAAACAUGCAAUCGAAUUAACUUAACCACGAGAAAAGUAGCUUAAUUAUAAGUUAAAAUAGAAGAAUAUGUAGUUUGCACAAAUUAGUUUUUUAUAUUUACCACAGAUCGUUGGCACAGGAUUUAUUAACUAAGUAGGAACCAUAUAUGUAUGUCUAUACAUAUGUAUAUUAUUUAUAUAAUGAAUAUACUUACAUAUACUCUUAGGGUUACCUGAUAUAGUAAUUGUGUAAGACAACCCUUUUCUCCAAUAGUUCAAACCAAAUACUUUUUAGUAAACAUCAAAUAGGCUUGAUUGUGAUUUGUUUCUAUCUAGUUUAAGCUAUGCUUAAUGUAAUCUUAACAAUGUACUAAGAAUGGUACUAUAUAUGCAAUGAAAUAGAUUUAUUUAAAUUUUAAUACUCUUGCAAUCAGUUGCUACAGAGUAUUUUAGAUUUGUCCAUCUAACGCUUGUACGUAUUACCUAAGAAUAUAUAGGGUUAUAUAUUGUAUAUAAAUGAUCAGGAUGACAAGAAAAGUUGAAAUCCCUCCGUCCGUGCUAGCUGGAACUUGAGUAAAGCUAAGAUAUCUUGAUGAAUGGUAUGUGGCUUCCUUAGUACAAAAAAAGUUACAAGCUACGAGUUACGCCAACAAAUCGUCAUUAACCGAAACCAUAUAAAGCGCCAUAACUAAAUACUAAACUAAUAUAUGUAUAAAACUUUAAUUUGAUACACAGGAUCGCAGUAGCCAAGGGCACCGUAGGCAAACAUUUCCGAAAAAGUGGAUGUGCCCAACCUCCAACAAGUUUAAUGUACAUACAUACAUAUCUCCUAAACCAUUUAUGCUACAACAACCAAAUUUGUACAAAUCUUAUAUGAACUUCUACCGACAGUGUGAAAAUGGAUGAAAUCGGAGAUAGCCCCGCUCACUCCGCAUAUAACGAAACUGUUAAAAUACAUUUCUGUCUUCCGGGUGACUUUAUGCUGCAAUAUUUGAGUUAUCUUUGUGCCUAAAAUAAAUAAAAUUGGACGAAAACUUGGUCUACCUUCCACAUAACUAAUAUCAGAAUUUUCGGACAUCCAGCUGACUUUACUCGAUGUGAUUACUGGUUGUAUGUAAGGUACCUUUAUGAAACCCAGGGAAAUUUUUUUUAGUAUUUUAGUAGAUAACAUCGGAUCGAUCCUACCCCAACUCCCAUAUACUACAUAUAAUCCUCUGGUUGGCAUAUUACUCCUUAAGGUAUUUCCCAGGCUAUGUUUCCUCCAAGUUGGAAGUGUAUAAUAUGUUCGGAUGCUUGUUUUUCUUUCAAAUUGAAUAUAUGUACGUACUAUAAUAACAGGUAGGCCAUCUAACGUUUUAAAUUUGAAUUAUCUAUAUUUCGACAUUGGAAACGUCAAAUACCAUUCGGAAAGUGACAGAUAUUCAGUAAAAAGUCUAAAAUUUACGAAAUAGGUCGCUAUUUACUAGAAGAAAACUGGGAAAUAUUGACAGAUUGGGCAGAAAAUCGUUUGACCGGGGGUGGUCAAUUUUACCGAAAAAUCGUCUUUUCGGACGAGCCUCAUUUCCACCUCGAUGGUUACGUUAACAAGCAGAAUUGUCGCAUUUGGGGCACAGAAAACCCGCACGUAAUCGUCGAGAAGCCAAUGCACCCAGCACGAAUCACUGUAUGGUGCGGAUUUUGGUCUGGUGGAAUCAUCGGCCCAUUUUCCUUCGAAAAUGAAGAAGGAACCGCCGUAACCAUCAAUGGUGAGCGAUAUCGCGAACCGAACCGAAUUUUUCUUCAAGAAAAUUGAAGAAGAAGACUUGGACAACAUUUGGUUCCAGCAGGACGGCGCUACGUGCCAUACAGCAAACGCUACACUGAAUCUUUUACGCACUAUCUUUAAAUUUAAAAUUUUAUAUGGACCACCCUAUAUUUUAGAGUUUUCUCGUACUCUUAGUAGAUGUUGCUGUUGUAAUUAGUCGAAAUUGAGCGAGCAUCAACUUUGACCGAAACAGUAUAUAUGUAUGUACGUACCUAUGCAUAUUUAAAACCGCAGUGAUUUAUUAAAGUCACAUAUGUAUUCCAUUCCUUAAUUUACUCUUUUUUAUUAUAUGUACAUAUGUAUAUAUGCACAGUAUAACAUGAUGUGAGAUAAUGGACUUUCCAACAUACAGUAUGUGGUCAGCCAUGCAGAUUUUGCAAAGAUAAAAAAACUUAAGAGAAAUUAAUUUAUAUACUACAUACAUAUAUUUCAUCUUGGUUUUAACAACAUAGUUUUUUAAUAUAAAUUCUAAAUAUUUGAAAACUAGUAUUUCAUAAGACAUAAACAUAACGUCACAACCAAAACAGGGUUUUUGUUUUAAAAACUCUGUUUAAAACAUAUUUUAAAAUUAAUAUUUUGUAGAAUAUCCUUUAUUAAUAAUUACGUCCAUGCAACGUUUUGGGUACGUGUGUAUUUGUGUAUGUCACCUUUCUUUACUCUCAUUGAUUAGACCGUCUUCUAGGCAUGACACUGUACAUAUGUACAUAUGUAUAGUAAAUAUACAUUUAGACAAAUAUCUGUGUGUACAUAAGACAUUACAAAAAGUGGCAAUGAACUUUGUCAACAUGGUACAAACAUCGUGCCAUUUAUACGUACUGAUUUUGUAUACACACAUAUUUUUGUAUAAAAGCAAUAAUAAGUAGUCAUCAUAAUGGUACUCAAAUGUUUUGUUAUGAACGGAUUGGUAUUAUUGACACUUGGUGCCUAUUAAAAGGCAUCUCAAACAUUGCUUACGAUAGCUAGCGAGCUACGAAUGAACAUACAUAUACAUAUGUGUAAGUACUUUAAGAGCAGGUUUGCUUAAUGUUGUUCUCAGCCAUGGUUACACUAUAGUCUCAAAACUGUUCCGCUAAUGUCUACAUACAUUUCUGUUGCGGCCCUGGUGAUCAUUCUCACAGUUAGGUAAAUCGUCAGUUCAUAACCGCAAAUCGAUAUUUGGCACUUAGCACCAUCGACACAUGUACACACAUAUAAAUAUAUAUGCAUACGUAUGUAAGUCCAAACUAACUAAAAAUAACAAACAAAAAAUAAUUAUUUAGAAAUAUUAAUAAUACUGUUUACUUAAAUAUAAACGCAUAUGGAGAUUAUCCAUAUGCAUGUAGAUUAUAGCUGACGGUCUACAUACUAUGGUCACCAAUUUAAACUUAUAUUGAUUCACUUUCAAAAAACGUAGAUAGAUAUCCAAGUUUGAACGAAUAUAUUUCAUUAAAACUAGCCACUUCAGUGAAAUUGUUGGCAAAGAACUUACCAUAAAGUUUGUACUCUGCUUUUGGGUUUUCCUUUAUUUUAAAUACUUAAUAAAGCUCUUCAUAUACAUAUUCAUAUGUACAUAGAUUAUUCUAUAAAUGAGUGGAUUUAUCCAGUAAGUAAAAAUGCUUUAGAAAAUAUGCAUUUUAGAUUUCCCUAGAAAUGACGAUAAUAAAUACCAAUUACAUUCCGAAAUUCCCAAACAUGAAAGGCAAUGAAAUUGUUUAACAAAUAACAGUAAUAGUAGUAUUAUUAUUUAACUAAAGAUAAUAGCAUUAAAUAGAUUUAUGUAUAUGUAUAUUGAUUUAUCUCGGUUUACACCAAUUGCAGAACUACUCGUACACCCAAUGAUAUUAUAAAGCAGUCAUCAAUUUCAGUGCCUAACGACAACAAACAGACUUUCCUUAUCAUUCAUCAACAUCUGCACUGUGAGAUCUCACCACGCCUGUUGAGCAAGCAAAAGCAGCAAUCACAAACCGUUUGGCGACGGUAAUGAUUUUGUGAUGUAUAAAUCACUAUAUACAAAACAAAUCUGUAAUACAACAGAGAUUUUCCAUCAAUUAAUAAUUACGUUAACUUCAACAGUAGCGGUGAUAGCUGUGCCAAUAGAUCAUGGAUAAACUUUUAUAGUUUAUAACCGAAUCAAUAACAACAAAAUAUAAGCAGAUCGCAUAACAGUUAUAAAAAAUUUGAUUAUUAGCGCUGCCAUUAUUAUCAGAUAUUGCAGGUUUUACUGCUAUUAACAUCGGUAUUAGUUGUCCAGAAAAUGAUCAGUGAACAGUCUCUAACGCUGGCUUUUCGUGGUGGAUUUAGUUUAAUCGAUAAGCAAUUGAGGGGUGUUGGUGCAAAUCCGAUUACUUCCUCUUCAACCACAGCGGCUGUCGCCUAUCAAUAUUUGGACUUAGCAGCGUCAUCGGAGACAAAUAAUGUGUUAAAUAUGGAAUCAGCGGCAAGUAGUACAAUUAAAAAGUGUAACAUCAAUUCAAAUAUCGUUAACCGGAAUAACUGCAGUAAUAAUAUAAACAGCAAUGUAAUGAUUAAUCAAGUGCCUAAUGCUCUCAGUGGUUCUGCUGGUGGCGUAGCUAACGCAAACAGUUCUUAUCAGAAACAUAGCCCCCUAUCGGAGUCAUUGCAAACAAAUCCUCAAAAACAACAAACAGCUCAAAAGAAACAACUACAAAAUAACUCUAACAAUGUGAAGAGUGAAAGACUUAGUCCAGGCACCAACGGAGAUCAUCAGUCAUCAAUAUCGAGAUCCCGAAGCACCACACCUUCAUCGUUCCGUGGUCCUUCGCCACAACAAAUUUCUUCAGAAGCCCUAAUGCCACUAACUUCACUCUUACGUAUUCAAGAAGUCACGUCUGGGCAUCAAACUCCUUGCGUUACUACCGCUAGCACCGAUACAGGUAAUUUGGGAAACACAACGACUGUAUUCCAAACAGAUUUCUCGUCGAGGAACUAUUCCGAUAUUAUGCGCAGUUUAGCAGCGAAAUAUAAUGAUGCCAACGCAAUAAACUCCAUUUCGGCUCGUUGUAAUUCAUUUUUUGAUACUACAUCGUCGACUUCUUCUAUUCCUAUUGUCAACAAAAAUGUAAAUCAGAAAAUUGGCAAUAGGAACGUUGUUGGUGGAACUUUGUCGGGUCCCUUGACGAGUAAAGAUGCAUCGCCUCAAUUGAUACCUCGAUUAUCCAUGUCUCAAGGGGAUGUAGCGGUAGCGGCUGCAGCCGCUUCGUUUCUAAGUAGUCUCCCAUUCUCACAAAGUGUAUGCCUCCCAAUGAUCGAUAUGAGCAGUACUCAAGCAUUGAUUACUUUGGCGCGUGCAGCUAAAGAAGCAGAGGUACAGACCAUACUUCGCACCUUCCAGCAAAACUCGAAACAAAUGAACUCCAAUUCAAUCUUAUCGCAUCCUAACCUUGGUGUAGCAUUGCAACAAGCCGCUCAAUAUGUAUCUCCCGCACUCAGUCUUCCUGUGCUGCAGAAACAGCAGCAGAUUGCACCUUCACAACAGUCUAGUCCUCAACAUAAAUUAAUAUCUGCAUCGACUAGCUCCACUAUUUCCACAUCCAAAAGAAAAUCAACAGCUCCCACAAGCACAACGACCGUACCGCUUGAUUUGAGCUCUCAACCACCAGCGACUAAAAGAUUUAAGGUGGAAUUGAACACAGCAAAUCAAAGUAACGAAUUAUAUGGCUUGAAUGUAUCUAUGGGACGUGCGUCAUCAAAUGAAAUAAAAGCCUCCUCAUCACCAAUAUCUGAAAACAAAUUAGUCACCGAUUCCACGAAGAAUAAUGCCCGCUUGUCCUUUUCACCAGAACCAUCCACACCAUGCAAUACUGCUAUUCUAAAAUGUCAAGCUGAAAGUGUGGAAAUUGCCCAAUGGACAGUGGAUGACGUGUGCGCUUUUGUAGGUGAUAUUGAUAUCUGCGCGGACUACGUUCAGCAUUUUCGUGAUCAAUGCAUUGAUGGCAGUGGAUUACCCUUGCUAACUGAAGAUCAUUUGCUUAAUUCUUUGGGUAUGAAAUUAGGACCCGCAUUAAAAUUACGGUCAAAAUUAGCGAAGAGACUCGGUGGUCCUUGCCCAUGUGUGGCAUGCAUUACACGAGCACGACAAAUGCUAGUUUUACAAGCAGAAUCUAAGAAUGAUCAACCAAAGACAGCUAUAACAAUGUCUACCGAGUGUUCCCCAACAGAAAUUAGUACUAUAAGAUGUGAGGAAAGUAUUGAACUUGCCAAACUCAAAGACACAAAUGAUACAACAAAAGAAACCUUUAAAAAUAUACAGAAAAGUUCGCAAAAUCAGCAGUUACUUGGGGAAGGACAAGAAACGAAGAUAUGCAGCAUUAGUGACAAUAAUGAAAGAACCAACAAUUGUAGCUCACUUAAAGUACAAAUAUGCGCCAACAUAUAUAAAAAUGAAGCAAACAACAACCAUCACAACAAUGACGUAGUAAAUGUUGAGAAUUUUAUUACCGGAACAAACGUUAAUGACAAAACAUCUAGUUACGUUCUCAAUACUACUUUUAAACCCACAUCUAAUGAUAUCUGUUUAAGUAAUAAAAAAAGUUCCACUAACAGCAACGUCGUACUGGGAAGUCAGUUUGGAAAUUUAUCAGAUGAGGGUAGUUAGUCUUGGAUGUAUUACUGCUUUUGUUUACAAAUUUGAAUGAAGUUUUUAUUCAAAAUUUUCAUGUGUACAUGAGAUAACAGUUUUUGAAAAUUUUUUGGAGUAAAUUAUGUAUAAAAAACAAAACUCUAACACUCUCAAAAACUUAGCGACUAUUUUUAAUAUUCUCAUAAUAAAUAUAGCAAAGCAUAAAAUGUGUAUAAUGAUAGUCAGUCCCAGUGGCGUAGCUACCACUUCGGGCGCCCGAGCCGAGAAUGCUCUGCCGCCCCCCCUUAUCUACCUACCUUACAAGACAUCUUAUUAAAAGCCAUAGAAAAAACCCAUUUUCGCCCUAUAUCUUGUACACUUUUGACACAAUUUGCAAAAUAAAUUUUGUAAAAAAAUUUGUUGAAGUAUUUUUCUGAAUAUUAAAAAACAGCGAAGAUUGUUUUGCCGCCCCCAAACCGUUGCGCCCGGGGCGACGGCCCCUUCGCCCCCACUAGCUACGCCACUGGUCAGUCCAUUUGUGCAUGUCACAAUAAGAAUUUUCAUAAUUUGUAGUAAGGCAAAAUUGCCGAUAACUUGACUAAAUUUUACAAAUAAAAAAAAAUGUUGAGAAUUUGUUAGUUAUUAUUAAGGGCGAGUAAAGUUUUAAAGGUAAACAAAGAAUUUUUUUGCAAAUUUAUUUCUUAAAUAUAGAUUGAGUAAUUUUAUUAGGGCUUCUUCUACAUUAUAGAAUAUAUUUUUGACAAUCUAGGGUAAUUUUUUCAUGCAGAUAUAUUGAAGCAUAAACCGUUAACAAAGUUUCUCCCAGAACGUCUUGAGAAAAAAAUACCUUGCGGUGUUCACCAUAACUCGACUGGAAAUUAUCCGAAAAUAAAAAACCAAGAAAAAUUAGUCAAGUUAAUCAAAUCCUCCCCCUAUCGUUCUCUGAUAAUUUUUCUUUCAUUUAGAAAAUUUGGCGGCAAUUUAAAGUGAAAACUGCUAUUUUCCACUAAAAAAUUCCGCUAUUUUGUGAGUGGAAAACACCCUUAAUGAAAAAAAAACAAAAAUUUAAAAAACGAUGGGGGGAGGUAUUUUAUGUGUCAAAAAUGUGUACAAGGUUUGAAAUGCAUCGGUUAAGUAGUUCUGAAAUGACAGAGAACAGUGGACAGUGGAGGCGGACUUUGAUAUAGUAGUUUUGAGAAAACGCGUCUAAAAUUUAUUAACUAAAAAAGUGAGAAAAAAUAUCCUAUGUUGUCAAAAGUGUGCUCAAUAAUAAACAAAAGUCCCGAAUAAAAUUACUCUAAACACAUUUAAGAAAUAAAUUCGUGAAAAAGUAAUUUUUUCUUACCAUGAAAACCUUACCUCCCCCCCCCCCC